AGUUUCAUUUAAUCCCCAUCCCCUCGACAACGGAGGGUUUUAACAGCGCGUUGUCGACACUCGAGUGCUCGUUGUUUUUUUAGUUUAACAAAUUGACGGCACAUCCCAGUAAAAUACUCCGAAAUUUGAAGUUUGUGCGAUCCCGUCAAUCUGAUUAAGGAACAAUCGAAUAUUCUCCAUUUAGUACGAAUGGAUAAAGUGGAUUUAAAAUAAAAAAAGUGCUUGCGGUCAUAAACUGUUGGAAGGAGGCCAAAACAUUUGGAAAAAACGACGGAAGCGAGGCAAUAAAAAACGAAAAUGUUGAACAGCAUCGUACAAAAGUUAAAAUUUCUCUAUAAGCCGUACGCCCUGGCAGUGGUGUCGAUCGGUUAUGUACUGGGCGAACUCGGUCAUUACAUGAUCGGUGUGACGAGCAAAGCAACAGCGACAGAUUUACACUACGGAGAGAUAUCGUGUCAGCUGAAUUCGACGGAAUUUUCUCUGGCGGCUCUGCCGGUGCGGUGCGAAACAGCAAAUAAUUCUGACGAAUGUGCAUUGCUCGAGAUCAAUGGGACCCGAUACUGCGAGUGGAAUUACAACGGACUUGGACUGGAUUAUCAAAUACUUGCUGGGCCGAGUUUCAUCGCGGUAUUCACGGUGAUGGGUGUGGUGCUCGGUAUAGCUGCGGAUCGGUACAACCGAGUGAGACUGUUGGCGAUUUGCACGAUCGUGUUCAGCAUAGCAACUAUUUUGAUGGGUGCUGUAAAAGAGUACUGGCAGCUCGUUAUUUUGCGGAUGAUUCUCGCUGCGGGCGAAGCUGGAUGCAAUCCCCUUGCUACGGGUCUUUUGUCCGACUGGUUUAACGAGAAACAACGUGGCCUCGUUAUGUCGAUAUUCAAUUGGGGCAUAUACGGCGGCUAUGGUAUCUCAUUUCCAAUCGGUAGAUACAUACCUCUGUUAAAUAUCGCGGAUCUGGGCUGGCGAGCUUGUUAUUACGGGACCGGAAUACUCGGACUCAUAAUCGCUAUCCUCACUGGACUGACCCUUACCGAACCGUCAAGGAAGACCAUCGGUGAGGAACAGACUGGGAAGGAUGGAGCGAAAAUAUCCAUUUGGCAAGUAAUCAUGCAGCCUCGAAUCGUGCUUCUGUGCAUCGCUGCUAGUAUCCGGCAUUGCGGUGGAAUGUGCUUCGCUUACAACUGUGAUCUCUACUACAGAGAUUAUUUUCCGGACUACGAUCUAGGAUGGAUGUUGUUCGCAGUGACGAUCGUCGUCGGGAGCAUCGGCGUUGUAGCCGGUGGUGUAAUCAGCGAUAAAUUCGUUGCGAAAAUGGGAAUAAGAUCCCGAGUCGCUGUGCUCGCGAUCAGCCAACUGAUCGCGACCCCGUUUGCCUUCGGGUCCGUUUAUUUCGACCCACUUUGGGCCAUGAUAACCCUCGGAAUUUGCUACUUUUUUGCCGAGAUGUGGUUCGGCAUUGUGUUCGCAAUCGUCGUGGAGAUCGUGCCCUUGAGCAUGAGAUCAACGGUAGUCGGAAUAUUUCUUUUCGUGAUGAACAACAUCGGUGGAAAUUUGCCAAUUCUGGUUGAGCCGACGAGAAAAGACAUAGGAUUUCGGGAAAGUCUGUACAUUUAUUACGCUGGAUUUUACGGUAUAAGUUCCUUCAUGUUUCUCUUCACAAUGUUCCUGAUGGGAGGUCCACCGAAAAAAGCUGAGGACAUCACGGAAGGAGGACACGACAACAAGACGUUUACGGACGAGGACGGCCGCCUGGCGACCCUUGAACUUCCACGGUUACCAGCGAGGCCCCCGACCUACGAGGACGCGAGGCUAUAAGUUUUGCCUGUUAAAAAGUUGGAAAGGUGUGCGAUGGGGGUUGUAGAAAAUUACGAAAAAGUUGGAAAUGGGAUGGACCAGAGAAGCAGUAAAGCGGGAGUCAAUACCGACGAGUGAAAAAUAAGUUUCAACGAGGAGGAAGAAAUAAAGCAGAAGAGGAUGAGACAGAAACGUUGGAAGGGGAAAUUAUGAGAAAGAUUAAAAAGAGGAAGUGGAAAAAGAGAAAACCAGUCCAAAGAGUAUACAGUUGGAAUAUUUAAGUAUAUACUAGAAGUGAUUUUCUCAGCAGUGAGAGAGAAAGUGAGAUGAACGGACCGUUCGAAAAUACAACGAUAUAAAACAAGAUUAUUGUCGUAUAAAUUCUUUCGAAGUACUCGAGAGACUGCGGCGCACGAGAAAUACGGAAUUUUCAGUUGUUCGAAAACUUUGUAUGAAGUCGACCUCGACAUUGAGGAGGCGAGGAGCACAGAAAGCACAUCGCCCUCUCACGGACGACACGCCGAUCAUUUUUCAUUGAAUUUUUCAUUUUAUUACUAUUCAAAUCCAUUGCUAAAAUCGACUUUUUUAUUUCCCUGCUUUGUCCGACGUGAAAUUCCACGCUCUAUUUCUUCGUCUCAUUCUUUCUCGAUCACUUGCAAUUAAGUAAGAUUAGGAAGCAACAAAAAACAGUGUAAAUAUGAAUUAAAGAAAGCAACGACACAUCGAGCUACGAAUAUUUAAAAAACUUGUUCGUCGAAUGAAAAAAAAUAAAUAAAUAAAUUAUGCGACAAGCGAAAUGAAAAGAAUGAAAAUGACAACUCGAA